AUGCCCAACGCCAUUGUGAACUGCACCUUCAACCCGCCGACGCUCUCCAUCAUGGGGGCGCAGAUGCGGCAGGAGACGAUCGACAGCCUUGAGAGGGCGCUGCCGCACUGCACCACGACGAGCCAGAACAGCAUGAGCACCGCCAACGGGCAGGCGCCGAAGUUUGUUCUCGCCGACGCCCAGCCAAACACGUGGCGCAUGUCGAUUGGACAGCACUACUGCGACCAGCGCGGACGCUCCGUCGUCUUCUCCGCGAUCAUCAGCGCGCUGCAACUGGAGGGCUGGUUGCUGCGGACCACUAACUCCAUUGAGACCGAGGACAACAAGGACGUGACGCGCCUCUUCUUCUGGCGCCCCUCCUAA